UCUCAUCAUCUUCAUCAUAAUCUCCCGACACCAUGGCUGAUCAUUAUUAUUUUGAUGAUGGGGUGCCUCUCUUUUCUCACCCUAUAAAAUAUCUCCUCUCCAAACUUACUGGACUACACAAAAAUUCUUCUCCUCCUUCUCUCUAAGUACUGACAAAAAGAUUAACAAGAAAAGCAAAAAUGGUGGAAUCAGAUAAACUCAUGAACCAGUCUCUAACCAUGGACACAGAGCCACCUUUUCACAAGAUCUAUCGGACACUUCUAGACAACAAACCAAUGCUUGAAGACUUAAAUAUUCAGACAUCAACCGUCGAAGGAUGCGAACUUCCAUUGAUUGACAUUAGUCGUUUAUUAAAGGCGGACAACGACGACGAAAUGGAGAAAGAAAAGUGCAAAGAAGAGAUAGCUAGGGCUUCUCAAGAAUGGGGAUUCUUCCAAGUUGUGAAUCAUGGGAUUUCACGUGAGAUUUUGGAGAAGAUGAGACAAGAACAAGUUAAGCUUUUCAGACAGCCGUUUGAUCGUAAGAGUAAAGAAGACAAGUUCUUGAAAUUUUCUUCUGGCACUUACCGUUGGGGAACUCCGACAGCUACUUGUUUAAGUCAGAUGUCUUGGUCUGAAGCUUUUCAUAUUCCUAUGACUGAUAUUUCUGCUAAUAAUGGGUUCACUACUUUCAGUUCGACAAUGGAGCAAUUUGGUACAACAAUUGCGAAUUUAGCACAAAAAUUAGCAGAAAUUUUGGCGGAGAAAUUGGGCCAAAAAUCAACAUUCUUCAAAGAAAAUUGUUUGCCGAGCACCUGCUAUCUAAGACUGAAUAGGUACCCGCCAUGUGAAAUUCCUGCCGAAGUAUUUGGGCUGAUGCCGCACACAGACAGUGAUUUUCUCACAAUUCUGCACCAAGACCAAGUUGGAGGAUUGCAACUAGUCAAAGAUGGCAAAUGGUUCGCUGUUAGACCUAAUCCUGAAGCUCUAAUUAUAAAUAUCGGAGACUUGUUUCAGGCUUGGAGCAGUGAUGUUUAUAAGAGUGUUGAACAUCGAGUGGUGACCAAUCCACGAGUUGAAAGAUUCUCGACAGCUUAUUUCUUCUGCCCUUCAUAUGAUACAGAAAUAAAAAGUGGGUGUGAGCCUUCAGUUUAUAAGAAAUUUAGCUUCAAAGAGUACAGAGAGCAAGUCCAGAAAGAUGUUCAAUUAUUUGGUCAUAAAGUAGGCCUCCCUAGAUUUCUUGUAUAAGUCCAAUUUAAUACUUUGUCUUUUUUCAUAUAUAUAAAUAUAUAAAUAUCAAUUAGGUUUCUGGUUUUCUUCAAAAAGAAAAGAAAAUUUAGAGAGAAGAUUGGUAUUAAUUUGUUUUGUUUCGAUUGGGAAAUAGAAUAGCCGUUUUUAGCAUAUGAUUAGAUUCUAAAGUUGAAUCAAUCUAUAUGUAUUAUAGAUUAUAGAAGUAGGAACCUUGGGAAAUUAAUGAUUAUUGGUUAUAUUUUAUCUA